CAUGAAAAAGACAAAAUACUUGUUAUAGUUUUCUAUAAAAGAAGCUAAACAUUAAGAGGAUAAGAAGAUUGAGUUAGAAGCCAUGAAUAAUGUAGAAAAAGAAAUACAUAAGUUCGAGAACAGUGAGUAAAUUUAUAUCAUAAGUAGUGUAUGGAAAAUGAAGCCUCUCAAGAUUAUUCAAAAAAUAGCUAUUUUUAUCACAAAAAUGAAACACUUUUCGCCUAUUUAUAGAUUUAAGAUUUUGAAUAAGAAUAUAUUUUAUCUAAUAAGGGAUCGAACUAGUUCAUUUUAAUAUUACUUAUAUAGUCGUCUGUUAGAAAAUCAGCCUACAAGGGUAUUCAUUUUUAUAAGAUAUAGUUUGGUUAAAUGAAGUAUGAAGGCAAAUUAACGAAUGCUAUCUGGUGGAGAAUAUGGUCAUUUCUUAAAAGUAAUCAAACUGUUUUAUUACCUGCUGACAAAUUUUUAUUUGUAUGGGAUGUCAUCUUAAUGUUUGUGACUAUUGUGAAUAUUUUGUAUGUUCCCUUAUAGUUGUCAUUCGAUUUGAAUAAAGAAGAAAUCGGAAAUGCUUACCUCUUGUUUAGUACUAUUCCAAGUUGCAUAUUUUUAAUCGAAUUAAUCUUGAACUUUUUUAAAGGUUAUUAUGUAAGAGGAAUAUUACAUACAUCUAAACGUGACAUUUUUUGGCAUUAUGUGAAAGGUGAGUUUCUAAUUGAUCUCACUGUUGUAUUGCCAUUCAUACUAUCAUGGUUCGGAUAUUCAUUUUCCAAUUAUUUAAUGUUGAUACGUAUGACAAAGGUAAGAAGAACUAUGAUAGUCAUAGAGGAGAUAUCUAAUUUUAAAGAAAAAACAGCAGUAAUAUAUUCCUUAUUUUGUUUGAUUUAUUCUCUUUUACUUAUAUCUCAUUUUUGUGCUUGUUUAUUUCAUUACUUUGCCAUUCUUGAAGUAGACAAUGGAUAUUCACAUACUUGGCUUCAUUAAUAAGGAAUAUAUGAAGCAGAUGCAUAUGUAAAAUACUUUACUUCAUUAUAUUGGGUAACAAUAACUUCAAUGACUGUGGGAUAUGGAGAUAUUGUACCUGUUACUACUCCUGAAAAAAUCUUAGUCACUUUUUUAACAUUUUUAGUAGUUGGUACAUUUGGAUAUGCCUUAGGAAUGAUUCAAAGUAUUUUCUAUAAAUUAGCUGAAUAAUAAAAUCUUAAUAAUGCUAAACUUAGAUUAGUAAGUAAUCAUAUAAAAUAGAGAGGAUUAAAUACAUAAUUAUAAUUUAGAGUUAGAAAAUAUAUUGAAUAUUAUUUAUAAUUUAAAUAAGAAGAAGAAUUAGAUUUGGAUGAAUUGAUGGGUUAAUUAAAUCCAAAAUUAAAAUAAGAAGUUUAAAUAGCAAUGUAUUAUAGUUAUUUUAAGAAUUCGAAAUUAUUAGGUUCAAAUCUUUCAGAAGAAAUACUAAAGAAAUUGUGUUUUUGUGUUCAUGAAAAAACUUAUGCUCCUGAAGAAUUUAUUAUUAAAAAAGAUGAUCAUCCUGAUAAACUUUAUAUUGUAUUAUCAGGAAGAAUCAAAUCAGUAUUAUUAGAUAGGACAAUUAAGAGAUAUAUAAGUGGUAAACUAGUUUGUGAAAGAGAGUUUUUCUUUUAAGAUUAAAUGUAAUUUGACAUAGUAGCCUAAACAUUUGUAUAAGUAGCUUAUAUCAAUUAAACUGAUUUUUUGAAUAUUCUGUAAAAAGACACAAGAUAGUAUGAAAAAUAUAGACUUAUUUUGGAUGGAACUUAAUAUGGAGACAAUAAUAAUCAAAUAAUUUGUGAGGCAUGUUCUAGUCAUCAUUAAUUUAAACAUUGUCCACUUGUAUUCUUUAGAAAAAAUAUGAAUAAAGUGAUUUCCAUUUACAAUAGUAGUAUUGAUCAUGAAAGGUAAAUGUAUAUUAGACAGAGAAAGAAAAGAAGAUUUAAUUCUUUAAUGAUUAAAGAGAGAGCUUUAGAAUAAAUUCUAGAGUAGAAUAAAUCAAUUGGUGUUGUUGAUAACAAAUUUCUAAUUAGAUUAGGUUUACAAAGAAAUGAUGAAGAUGAAGAAUCAUAUCCUGAUUAGACUGUAGUAUAACAUUCUUAAUAACCUUUAUAAAAUCAGUCAGAACAAAGAUUCGUAUUUAAAAAUAGAAUUGCAAGGUAAGUAAGUCAUAGAUGUUUACUUGUACCUACAACUUCUUGUAAUAAUUUGUAAGAAAAUUAAGAGGAUAAUUAAACUUAAAUGGUUAAUGGAGAAGCAAAUAUUGAUAAAGUGGAGGAAUACGAUUAUUAUUAUCCUCAUUAUAAUAUUACAAAAGUGAUUAAGUUGAUUAAUAAUUAUAAUAUAUAUUCUAGAGUCUUGGAUAAAAUAAGAGGUCAUAAAAAUAGAUUUGCUCAAUAUAUUGCUAGGCAGAUAAUGUAUAAAAUUUUAUGA